UCGUUUGUUGGUGUUGAAAUGAGUCUGGAUUCGGGGAAGCUGUGUUGCUAUUCUUGCAUUCAGUCCUUUAUCGUCUUUUCAAAUGCAACCACUCUAAUUCUGUUCCUUCAGGAAGAGAGACUGAGAAGGUUGAGACAUAGGACAAAAAUAAACUUUGAUGCUUCCAGACCAGCCCGUCAGGAAGCCUUACGGGUACUAUAGUCUGCUACAUAGCCUGGUCAGAAGCUUCAAAAUUUGUUAUCUGAUCAGUGGAAUCAAAUGGGAUGGCAAGGAAGAGAUCCAUCUACGGACUUCAGAGGAGCUGGGUUCAUUUCUUUGGAGAAUUUACUGUUUUUUGCCAAGACAUUUUCGACAUCCUUUCAAAGUCUAUUGAAGAAGCAAGCAGGCAAAAGAGCUGUUUGGGAAUAUCCAUUUGCUGUCGCUGGUGUAAAUAUCACAUUCAUGAUUGUACAAAUGCUUGAUCUAGAUGCCAGUAAGGGGAAAAAUAAAUUGCAAAUUUGUAAAAUUUGACGCAGUACAUGAAUCUCUAGGCGACUGGCUAAUGUGAGAUCAACUACAUGCAGUGAAACCCAGAAAAUUUGUUAGAGCUGUUUUUCUAAAGAUGUUGUCGGGUAAGAUCAAUGUCAUUUUCAUGUUAUGUACAUCGAAUUUUAUUUCGAUGCUGAUGCGUUUGCAGAUAAUGAGUGGGCCUUUGACCUGCUCUAUUGUGUGGCUUUCGCGAUAAUGGACAAAUUGUGGCUGGAGAAAAAUGCUAGUUACAUGGAUUUCAAUGUAUGCAACCUCUUUUCCCUCCUAAUCUUCACGAAUUUAAGCUAAACCUGCUCGUUGAGACUCUACAUUGAAGACUCGAAUCUUUUACCAGUUUUACUAAUUUUUUCUAUUCAACGUAGUUGUAACGCACAAUAUAUGUUGAUGUGAUAUUUCACUUAUAUGAUUCUUUUCUCCCAAAUAUAUGUUUCUCGGGAGAUUUUGAAAUUGGCUAGAUCUCAGCUGGAGAAAAAACUGAUGAUGGAAGAUGUAUUGCGAAUCGAGGAAAUGCCUUCCCAUA